AUGGUUCCGUUGCCGAAGAAUGCCAUAGAGCACUUCACCCAUCCAGGGCAUCGACUAGAACAGCUUAAGGCUAACACAAAGUACCACUGUGAUGGUUGCAAGACCCAUGGAUCCGGGACAAGAUACCGAUGCAAUGGGUGUGAUUUCGAUCUCCAUGAAUACUGUGGUACAUGCCCUAGAAGUCUCUCCUCCUUCAUGCAUUCACACCCACUCGGUCUAGUAGUCCGCAAGGCUCAAGCCACUCGUCGGAACGAGCGCGUCUGUAACGUCUGUGGUGACCAUGUGGAAGGGCUGUUCUACAGGUGCAAGGAUUGCGAAUUCGACGUUCACCCACUUUGUACCCAGUUGCCUCAGUCCCUAUGCCACGCGCUACACCCGGCGCAUCCGUUAACCCUCCAGUCAACAUCAUCAUCAUCUGGCUGGUGUGCCAUUUGCCGAGGCUCAUGCUGUUCUUGGCGUUACAGGUGCGGAGCUUGUGGCUUUGAUAUUCAUCUGGAAUGUGUUCUAGUACCCUGUGAUCCGCCAACCCAACGCUCAGUUCCGCCGUUUGGUCAGCCACCUCCACCAGCGCCACCACCACAAUCCCCAAUACCGCCGUUUAGUCAACCACCUCCACCAGGGCCGCCACCACAUUAUGGUGUUUAUGGUCAUGGGAUGCCUUCUGGGUACCAGCAGACUCAAGCAGUUGGUGCAACAACAAAUGGGACAGCUGGCAAGAUGAUGUAUUCACUUGUAGGAAAGCUAGCUAUUGGGGUGUUCUCUAAUGCCAUCUUUGGAAUGUCUAACAUGGAUUUCUCUUCUUUCAUGUGA